CGUACCCCUAGCCCCUAAUGUGCUCCCUGGUUUAUUCAAUAGGAAAAUACAAAUGCAUGGCUGUGGGGAGAUUCACAACAGAAGGGUUAUCAAGGCCACAGCUAUUGAAGACUUCGGCAAUACAAUACUGGUACGGUCUAAGUAGGCCUAGUCGUCGUUUGGUACCACCCGGCUGCAUUUCCAAUCUAACUACGAGUGCAAGGAGAAGGGUGCCCUCCUGUAGCCCACGUACGCUUUACCCAUUCAAAGUGUUGCCCAUUGGAACAAACUUGGAGGAGAGAGCGCAUGCGAAGAAAUGGUUCGUACCCGUCUGAGACUGUAUUAUAUCCCAGUGUUCUUGGCAACAGCAUUAAUUCCAACAUGGCUGAUCGUCAGCAACGCCUUAAGAUAUGUGCCGGCCAUCUCUCCCCGAAGGGGAUUUCUCGCACAGCGUGCCAGAAACGAGUCAGAGAGGCAAGAAGAUCGUGGAACCUCAGUUAUUCAGCACGAAAUCUCAUACCAGCUGGGCAACAGUUCAGAAUUUGGACAUAAUAGUCGCGGGAGUCUUAAUGUGACGCCCAAGUGUAACACGACUGUCGCGAUUCUGGUGCCGUCUUUGCUGCCCGGCCUUUUAUGGAGGGAGUACAAACAAUUCGUGGACCAGUUCAAACGUCACUCAACCCCAUUUGGGAGGGGGAAGAAACUGAGAAGUCUUCACUUGGAAUGUCCGAGGCAGCGAUGCAAUGUUCACGUCCUUGUCACAGUAGAAGCAAGAUAUCUCAAUGCUUCUGAUGCCAUCAUUGUUAACAUGAAUCCACAACAUAUGAAACGCAAACAUCCGAAACUCCUCCCCCAUCUAAGACGAGCCUUGAAUCCCAAGAUUCAUUGGGUUUUCUACGGCGUAGAGAGCCCCCAGAGGAUGACAUACUGGGACCGAUCAAUUAGCGAGAUUGAGUAUCAUCACUCCAUCACGUACCACUCUGAAGCAGACAUUGAACUUCCUUACGGCAAAUACUCUCCCAACCUUCUUGACCAAGUGACGUCAUCUAAGCGGGACUGGUCGGCCAAUAAGACUGGCCUGGUAGCCUGGAUGGCAAGCAAUUGUAAAAACACUCACUGGCCUCGCCUCGAGUUUGUGAACGAGUUGAAGAGGCACGUCCCCGUGGAUGUGUAUGGUAAGUGUGGAACGGCAAAAUGCUUACCCAUCUUUGAUGCCUUUGCGAGGAAUUGUAAGCGUGUCUUGGCACAGUACAAGUUCUAUCUUGCACUCGAAAAUUCUGAGUGUGAUGAAUAUAUCACUGAGAAACUUUGGGAUAACGCUCUCAACGCAGGCACAGUGCCAGUAGUUUACGGAGGCAGGAAAGAAGCGUACCAACGACUUCUACCUCCAAAGUCCUUUAUUCACGUCGGCGAUUUCAACUCAGCUAAAGCCCUGGCAGCGUAUCUCCAACUCCUUCACUCCAAUAACAGCAUGUACAACGCCUACCAUGCUUGGAGAAAAUAUGGUAAUUUGCAAGCUACACAAUACCCGCCCUUGGACCCCCAGCUUUUCUGUAAAGUUGUACCCUUCACAUUGGCUCCACCCCCUCAGUUUAAAGUGGCGAAGAACAGUGGCUACUUCAAGAGUUGCAGAAGGUUGCCUGGUGUCAUGGCCGAGAGAGGCUCCUUAAAAUUGUUUGUUCCAUGGAAGUAAGCCUGGCGAGUUUUAACGGAUGCCCUUCAUCUUAGCGAACUCUGUGGUAUAUCCUUAUCAGUCAAAGACACUUCCAUUCCUAUUAUUUAAUUUAAAGUUAGGCCCAUUAUUUUUAUCUUUUAACAAAAUCUUUCCCCGUUUUUGUUCACACAGUUAUCUUUCUUUCAAUGUUAAUGAUCUUCUCCUCCAAUUAUUCCCAUUUUAAACAUUCAUUCAGGCUUGUGGCGUUUCCAGCUUCAGGUUCCAUUACGCUAGUGUUCUUGCCCUGCAUUUUAGUCUUAGUACAGUAAAGAGGCUCGGAAACUUUUUCGCCCUCACCUUUUUAGUGGUGGUUCGAGAAAUUAUAAGGUUUACUAGGAUUUGCAUUGGCCAAUUUGCUGCACUUUACAACACUUCCGGGCGUUGUUUUGAGUGACAAUGGUAUGUAAGCCCUCCGUUUAUAAAAGUUGAAAAGAAUUAUGCCGCAUAAAUCAGUCGGAAAAUUACAGUGAAAAAUAGAGGUAAAAAUAGGGUUUGUGCAUAUGGGGCCCAAUCAAAAGACGCUGAAGUCACACGUGACCACACAGUUUCCUUGAAAUGGGCCACCUUUGUAAGUCAGUCAGGUGCAGUCAUGAACUAGAGAUGGAGGCUCUUAAUUCCCCGUAAAAAAUAACCGUAGAUUUUAUUGCCUGUGGCAUACAAUUUAUGUGGCGAAGCCAGAAAUUCAUUGGAAUUUCAUGUACUUUUCUUCAUUUACAAAAUAAAAGUUUGUUUUCAAUUUAGAUGCCCACUUCCCUUAAUUGGUCUGUAAAGAGCCUUUAAUAUAGGUCCUUGGUCAAAGCAAAUAAAUUGGCCGAAUAACACCCACGCCGCCCUCGUGCGCCCCCGCUUGAAUUUUGUUUUGUCCCCUCGGAGUCACGCCAAUGAUGUAUGCU